AUGCAUCCCGAGCUGGAAAGGACCCCUGAUACUCUUGAUGUCAAGUUACUGGAGACAGAAGGUGUUGAAACUGUUGGUAAUCCAAUUGCUAUGGAGGCCGAGGAACAUUUGGUGCCAUCAAAAUCAAAUCUUAGUUUUUCAUUUGAGGUUUCUGAUGAUGAUGAUGAUGAUGAUGAGGAUGAGGAUAAGGAUGAUGAGGUGGAUGAUGAUGAUGAUGAUGAUGAUGAUGUUUUUGUGUUUGAACCAUCGAAGGAGCCAGUCAAUGAGGCUGUGAUUUCUCUAGCUAGGACAGAGAAAGGAAUCAACAUUUUCAAGCAAACAAACGAUCCAACACCCGAACAGAUGGAAGCCCUUAUCGAAAAAUUUCAUCCAACUGCGAGGAAGCCACCCCAAGCAGUUCUUGUUACUACCGAGUCUCCAUCUGGGAGUGAUAAAGAUGAUUCAAAUACCUCCCUGAUGCCAAGAAAGUGA